AUUUUUGGUUUAUUUUUUCUGAAUUGUUAAGAUCUGGUUCAAGGCCGUCAAGUAAUGUGCCAGCUCGGGCUCCUCCUCAGCAGCCUGCUCCAGCUGCCCAAGCUCCUCCUCCCAUGGCUGCUCCUCAACAACCUGGAAUGUUUGCCCAAAUGGCAUCAACAGCUGCUGGUGUGGCUAUAGGUUCUGCAGUGGGCCAUACAAUAGGCCAUGCUUUAACUGGUGGUGGUGGAGCUGAGGCCCCAGUUGCGGCAGCAGCUCCGACUGCUCCAUCCCCAGCUGCUCCGGCUCAAGGAGGCCAAACUAAUGCAUGCCAGUUUGAGUUCAAACAGUUUUUGGAGUGUACUCAAACCCAAUCAGAUAUUAGUCUGUGUCAAGGUUUUAAUGAAGUUUUUAGGCAAUGUCAGCAAGCAAAUGGCUUGGUUCCUCCUAUGAAUUAAUUAUCUAGGCCUUAAGGGUAAUACAGAAUGAAAAGUAAUAGAAUUUGGAAUUGCUAGUAAUUGAUGUAGGACUUUCACUGAAUAAAAUUAUUGUAAUAAAAUUGAAA